ACUCACUACGAUUAUGACAGAAAGCAACAUUGUGCGCAUUGGAACCGGCGCCGGAUUCGCGGGGGACAGGCCGCUGCGGGCGCUGGAGCUCGUCCUGGCCCAGCAGGUGGCAGCGCAGCCGUUGGACUACCUCGUGCUCGAGUGCCUGGCUGAACGGACGCUGUCGCUGCGCUACCGAGCCAUGCAAUCGGGCGGCGUCGGAUACGAUCCCAGAGUCGCAGAGUGGAUGCGCGUGCUGCUUCCUGCGACCGCGAGCAGCUCGACCUGCAUCGUCACCAACAUGGGCGCAGCCGAUCCCAACGGAGCAGCACUGGUCGUUCGCCAAGUCGCGCAGUCGCUCAACUUGCCGCCGUUGCGCAUCGCCGUUGUGGGGGAGAACUUUGCAGUGACUGCAAACGAGACACCAGCCACGACUACUUCUACUACUGCUACUACGACACCACUCAUCUCGAGCACAUACCUGGGUGCAGAUGCAGUGCUCGCGGGUUUGCGAGCUUUUCCGAACGAGAAGCCGCACGUUGUGAUUACAAGUCGCGUUGCCGACCCAAGUCUGUUCGUCGCGCCAGUGGUGCACCACUUUGGAUGGUCGCUGGAUGACUACCCGCGGCUUGCGCAAGCCACUGCCAUGGCACACUUGCUCGAAUGCGGCUGCCACUUGACGGGCGGAUACUUUUCGCAUCCGGCAGCCGUCGACCUGUCCCAUUCCCAGCUGGCUCACACUUCGAUGCCCUUCGCCGAGUGCGAUGCGAACGGCCUUGUCACUUUGAGAAAGCCUGCCAACUCACUCGGCGAGCUGUCGGCCAGGACCUGCGCCCAGCAGCUCGUGUACGAGAUUGGCGAUCCGUCCGCUUACAUUACUCCGGAUGUCACAGUCUCCUUUGCGAACGUUUCCUUCGAAGCACUCUCGCCGCACGCUGUGAAGCUCUCCGGAGCCAGCAGCACGGGUCGCUCUCCGACGUUGCUGCGAAUGACGCCCGCUCCCGCAGGUCACAAGGGGUUUGGUGAAAUUUCGUACGGCGGGUUUGGCUGUGUCAAGCGUGCUCAUGCUGCGCAGCUGCUUGUGCGCGACUGGAUGGCUCAGCAGUGGCGUUGGCUCGGCCUCGAUGACGCUGCCGUCGACGCCAAGCUGUCGCGCAUUGCGUCCUACUUGAUUGGGCUGAACAGUCUCACUUUGCUUCCAAGCAUGAAUUCUAUUGGAUCUGGUGCCGAUCUCGGUGUUUCAGAGCCCCCAGAAGUGCGAUUGAGGAUGGAUGGGAUCUUUACCAACUUGGAUGACGCUCAAAUGCUGGCGCGUGAAGUCGAGGCACUGUACACCAACGGCCCCGCAGGCGGCGGCGGAGUCGUCACAAACACGCAGCCAGAGCUCAAACUCCAGCGCACUCUGGUGCCCCGCGACAGUGUCUCGUUCUCGGUGCAAUCGCUUCAUUCCACAGGUCCGACCGACACUACGCGUGCCACAGAGUACAAUGCUACAGCAGAACUGUCGAAAUUGAGCAGUCGUGCGCCUCGACAAUCCGAGACUGCAUUGUCCAACAAUUUGCCUUCAACGCCAGCCCCAGCGAACGUCUCCAUUCCUCUGUAUUCCUGUGCGCACUCGCGUGCCGGUGACAAAGACAACCGCAUCAACAUUAGCAUCAUCCCGCACCACUUUGCCGAUCUUGGCCGGCUGGCUGCUGUCGUCACUCCUGACUGGGUGCGCGCUCGGUUUUCUUCGCUUCUGGACGGUCUCGGCGAGCUUGCUCAAAAUCCCGAGAGCGGCAACUUUGCAACGCGCGAUGCCACCUCGUCGGUCAACGUGAGUGUGUACACGCUCCCUGGCUGCGGAGCCUUGAACGUCGUGAUUGAUGGCGUUCUGGACGGUGGUGUUGCCGUUUCACGCCGCAUCGAUCGGCAUGGCAAAACGCUGUCUGACGUGAUGCUUGCAUUGCAUGUGACUCUUCCGUAGAACAGAGUAAAUGUAUUGUAG